CUUUUCCGAAAUGGUCCUCCCGUAUUUUUUUUUUACACGUUGCUAAUCCAAAUACGCCACUCUCUUCUGUUCGCUGAUCCAACUACGCAAUCUUCAAACAUUAAUCAACUUCAACUCGUUAUUGUUCUUCGUUGUUCUGUUUUGCUGUCUCCUUUUCUCCUCCCCCUUUUUUCGACGGGACAGACUCGUACACAAAGUCCGAGUCCAGUUAUUGAUGUGAAUGGGACAAACAGCAACAAUAUCAAGCCUGCACAGCGUGUGUUUGGAUUCUUAAGGAAGCGAUCUAAUCCAACAACCACGAGUUCAAGUUCAACAGGGACAAGUCGGGAUCGCAUAAAGUCUAAAGGCUUUACACGAUCACCAUCACCUGUUGAAAGUGAUAAUAAGAGUAAUAGUAGCAGUAACAGCAAUAAUAAUAAUAGUAAUCGUGACGAUAGUAAUCGAGAAUCAGCUUCACCAAGCCCUACUCCUAGUAGUGAUUCAUCUGGAUCUAGGAGUAGGACUCCUCCUCCUACUCCUCCUUCAACUGCUACCACCGCCAUUGGUAUUGGCAAAAAUUCAAUCAAAAACUUGAUUCGACGCCGAAGUGCCGAGCUGAACAAACCUGUUUCCGAAGGUAGAAGCAGUUCAGAAACCACAUUCUCUAAACGAAAAGAAGGUAAAAGAAAUCAUUGCGAGCCCUUUUUUGCAAUUUACGACCCUUACUUUCUUUCUUUGAGCCCUCCUAUUAAUGGCUCAAAGAACAACAACAACAUAGGAAAGGGCAUUGGGCAGAAAAA